UGAUCUCAAAAUAUUGAAUGAUAUCAUCGUGUCCACGUACUAUACUUUAUUAUGUCUUCACGAACAACUGUCCAUUGAAACAGUAAAAAACCACUAUACAGACCAUUCCCAUCGAAAUCCAAAAACCACGGGGCCACUGUUUUCACACUGACUGCUUCUCUGACCCUCCACAGCUGGUGGUGAAAACAAAUUACCCACCAUUGAUUCUACAGAAUCCGUAUCUCAGAAUUCAUUUAUCCAAGCCAGUCUAUGUAAUACCCAGAUGUGAGAUGAUGAUUCGACAGACAUGAAGAGGUUCAAUAGGAACUCCAACGAUCACCAAAUGCUGUCCAUUCCUGGAAAGGAUGAUUUUCCUCGGCCUUCGGAGACCAAAUGUGGGUCCAAUCUGAUGAAGAUGAUGGGGAUUUUCGUUGCUUGUUUGAUGGCUCUUUCGGUUCUCUUUUCGGUUUCCGUGAUUCUGCGGGAUCCACCUUCGGAUGGCAUUUGGGCUGUUUCUGAACAUAGGGUUCUUGAAGAUAAAUCUCUAAAAGUCAUAGGUUCAGAAGAUGGUGAUUCCUCUCAGCAGGUUGAGGUGCCUAAAGAUAUACUACUUGGAGGCCUUCUCUCUGAUGGGUUUGAUGAAAGAUCUUGUUUCAGCAGGUACCAGUCAGCCUUGUACCGCAUAGAAUCAGGACAUAAACCUUCAUCUUACCUCAUCUCCAGGUUGCGAAAUUAUGAAGCACUUCAUAAACGAUGUGGUCCACAUACGGAUUCGUAUAACAAAACCUUGGAGAAACUGAAGUCUGGUCAACACGGUGGUGUCUCGGAUUGUAACUAUGUGGUGUGGAUAUCCUUUAGUGGUUUAGGGAACAGGAUACUAACCCUAGCUUCAGCAUUUCUGUAUGCUCUCCUGACCAACCGAGUCCUACUUGUUGACCGUGGAGUUGACAUGGAUGAUCUCUUCUGUGAACCAAUUCCUGAGGUUUCCUGGUUACUCCCUUCAGAUUUUCCCAUCACUAGUCAGUUCAAUAGCCUGCAUAAAAAAUCUCGUAGACGUUAUGGGUAUAUGCUGAAGAAUGGUAUUUUAACAAACUCAUCUGGCUCUGUGAUGCCACCCUUUGUCUAUCUCCAUCUGACCCAUGAUUAUGAUGAUCAUGAUAAGCUUUUCUUCUGUGAUCAAGAUCAAACUUCUCUUGAGAAAGUACCUUGGUUGAUUAUGAAAUCAGAUAACUACUUCAUUCCUUCUCUCUUCUUGAUUCCUUCUUUUGAGCAAGAACUAAGUAAUCUCUUCCCAGAGAAAGAAAAAGUUUUCCACUUCUUGGGUCGGUAUCUCUUCCACCCAACAAAUCCAGUAUGGGGGCUUGUUAUGAGGUACUAUCAAGCUUAUUUAGCUAAAGCAGACGAAAAAAUUGGCAUCCAGAUUAGAGUUUUUGAUACUGGAAUUGGGCCGUUUCAACAUGUAUUAGAUCAGAUUUUAGCUUGCACCAUGAAAGAGAAUCUGCUACCUUUAGUUAACCUGCGGGAACCUAUCAUGAACCCAUCUGGAAAUCAGAAGACCGUUGCUGUGUUGAUGACAUCUUUGAACGCUGGGUACUUUGAGCAUGUAAGAAAUCUGUACUGGGAACAUCCAACCAUGACAGGUGAGGUGAUUGCAGUUUAUCAGCCAAGUCAUGAAGAGUUUCAACAAACUGAGAAGCAGACGCACAAUAGGAAGGCUUGGGCAGAAAUGUAUUUACUGAGCUUGACUGAUAAGUUGGUGACAAGCUCAUGGUCUACUUUUGGUUACGUAGCUCAAGGUCUGGGAGGGUUGAAACCAUGGAUUCUCUACAAGCCUGAGAAUCGAACAGCCCCUGAUCCACCUUGCUUUCGAGACAUAUCCAUGGAGCCUUGUUUCCACGCCCCUCCUUUCUAUGACUGUAAGAAGAAGGUAGGGGCAGACACGGGUAAUCUUGUUCCUCAUGUGAGGCAUUGUGAGGACAUGAGUUGGGGUCUUAAACUGGUUGAUCACACGAAAGAUUUAUAGACAUGCAUGCUAUUAUGGGUAGUCAUUUGUUGUUACAAAUUCUUGUUAGUUUGUGUAAAAUAGAACCAGUGAAGUUUUCAAAUUUGAACCUGAACCUUUUAAAUUGCUGAGCAUAUGGCCUUUGCCAUCUCAGAUGUCCCCAUAUGAAGCCAUUUAGAUCUCUAGACCCGUGACACAGACUUUGGGGUCUCAAGCUUUUGGAGUUUGAGACCGUUAAAAGAGUAAAUGCAUUUAGAAUGCUUUUGAUUGUUUGUUUGGUCAUUUCAA